CGCCCCCGGCGCCGCGCCCCGCACCGCGCCUCACCGCGCGCCCCCUUCUCUCUCCGCAGCCCUGACAGUGUCUCCCACGCCGCGACAGCUCUCAAACCUACUUUGGGGUCUUAAAACGAAACCGUACACCAUUUCACUGUGGACAUUACACCCUCUUACAGAUAUGGGAGACAUGGGAGACCCACCAAAAAAAAAACGCCUGAUUUCCCUAUGUGUUGGUUGCGGCAAUCAAAUUCACGAUCAGUAUAUUCUGAGGGUUUCACCGGAUUUGGAAUGGCAUGCGGCGUGUUUGAAGUGUGCAGAGUGUAAUCAGUAUUUGGACGAGACCUGUACGUGCUUUGUUAGGGAUGGCAAAACCUACUGUAAAAGAGAUUAUAUCAGGUACGCCAUUUACUUAGACAGGCAACGAAAAAAAGGGUUCAUCACAGCCCUCCCCGCCUCCCCCUGUCCCACCAGCUUAGAUUCAUGGCCUCUGCAGGCUCCCUGCUUCCUACUCAUGGGGAUCCUGUUCCUCCCUUCCCCUUCCCUUACAGCAGAACCUAUCUCUGCCAGACAGCCAGCUCUGAGACCCCACGUCCACAAGCAGCCCGAGAAGACUACCCGUGUCCGGACUGUCCUUAAUGAAAAACAGCUUCACACCUUGAGGACCUGCUACGCUGCAAACCCCAGACCUGACGCCCUCAUGAAAGAGCAACUGGUAGAAAUGACUGGCCUCAGCCCGAGGGUCAUCAGGGUUUGGUUUCAAAACAAGCGAUGCAAGGACAAAAAAAGGAGCAUUAUGAUGAAGCAACUUCAGCAGCAGCAACCCAAUGACAAAACUAAUAUCCAAGGGAUGACAGGAACUCCGAUGGUGGCAGCUAGUCCGGAGAGACAUGACGGUGGUUUACAGGCGAACCCGGUGGAGGUGCAGAGUUACCAACCGCCCUGGAAAGUACUGAGUGACUUCGCAUUGCAGAGUGACAUAGACCAACCUGCUUUUCAGCAACUAGUUAAUUUUUCAGAAGGAGGACCCGGUUCCAAUUCUACUGGAAGUGAAGUAGCAUCAAUGUCUUCUCAGCUGCCAGAUACACCCAACAGCAUGGUAGCCAGUCCUAUUGAGGCAUGAGGGACAUUCAUUCAGAUUUCUGUGUUGUUGUUUCUGCCCUUACCCUCAUACUUGUUGGAGAGAGUGUGAAAAUGAUCGCGUUGGGACUCCGAAAUUUAGGGGAAAAAAGUAUUUAACAACCCUUUAAUGAAAGCAAGAAACUGCUCCAUGAAAUGAACGGAGUCAUGUUUGAAAAGACAAGGUAAUAUGGUAGCAACACUGUGAAGACAAUCAUGGGAUCUUACUAGAAUAAAUAAAAAAAAAGCAAACAUAAAACAACUAAAAAAAAAAAUCAAAAAAACAAACAAAAACCCACAAAAAAAAAAACCACAAAAAAACAAACAACCAAACCCUGCGCUGUUCAAUGAUCAGAGGAAGAUCGAAAAGACAUUUUCAAAACCUAAAGGAUUUGUACUCGUGGAUCUCAAAAAAAAAAAAAAAAAAAAAAAAAAAAAAAAGGAAAAAAAUAUCUUUUUAUUUGACUGCACGUCUUAGGGAGAAACCAAGGUAGAGGGACUUUCUACCCAGUCCCUCCCAAUCCGAAUGGUGCUGUUUCUAUAUUGGGGAUUGCCCUGCCAAAAGGAGCUCCAGUAGGUUUUCCAUCAACAGAAAAGAGACGAUUUAGCCCUGCAUUAUUGAAAGAUUCAUUGCAGGAAGGUGGAGCUGCAUUGAUUUGCAAUGUUGUUUUUAGUUGACUCUUAACAAGAGGUUGCUUCCUGGGUCUCUUCGAGCAUGUACUGUAGCGGGGUUUUGGUUUUGUUUGGUUGCGAUCCACCCUCUAUCAAGUCUGAAGCUAUUAAAAAUAGGUUUUUGAAUUUCUCUUUAAAAAACAGUUUAUAAAAGCAUUGCAACAAGGUAUACCUCUAUUUUGCCACAAAGCGUCUCGGGAUUGUGUUUGAAAUGUGUCCGUCCAAGAACCUUCCCCUCCCCCAAAGAUGUGUAUAGUCAUUAGUUAAAACGACUGUUUUCUCUCUCUCUCUCUCUCUCUCUCUCUCUCUCUCUCUC